AUGAAGGGAUUCCUUCAAAAAGCCAAGGCGGAGCUCAAAGGCUUCUCUCAACGUGACGAGUCUGGUAACUCCCAUUUUGGUGGAAACCAACAAGCACAACAUCAACAGCACUUUUCCCCAGCUCAUCAGCAAGGUGGCUUCGGUCACGACCAUGGCCAUGAUCAACACCAUGGUAUCAGCGACCCGACAACGCUGGAUGUUCUUCGCUAUCGCUAUCACCAUGGAACCAAUCUUGGAUCUGUUUACGUUAUUGAACGAUGGCUUCAGGGUUCUCGAUUUCCUGAUGGUGCUGAGGGAUCAAGCGAGCUUGCAGCAGUGCAAGCCUGGGUGGACAGGGUUGGUGUCGCUGAGACGAAGCAAAAGUUCGAGGAGCACUGGGCCAAUAUUAUACACGAUAACGCCAUUGGAUGGCUUGCUAAUGUGGCCAAAUGUACAACUGUCCGCCUGCCCAUCGGCUACUACGACCUCCCAGGCGCCGUCUUCACCCAGGGAACACCUUUCGAGCCCUAUGCUGAAAUCUACACAGGAGCAUGGGACAGUAUUCGCACCCUAAUCCAACGUCUGCGCGCACGUUCAAUCGGCGUUCUGGUUGAUCUGCAUGCACUACCAGGGGGCGGAAACGCGCAGGAACACUCAGGCACUAACAGUGGGCGUGCCGAGCUAUGGACCAAUCCCAGUAACCGUGCGUUAGGUGUUCGCUGCUGCCAGUUCAUUGCAGAAGAUACCAAAGCGGGAGCUGAGAUUGCUGGUCUCCAACUCGUCAACGAGGCUGAAUGGGAAUCAGAGCGCAUGUACGAGUGGUAUGACGAGUGUAUAGCCGCCGUGUCCGCCAUAGACCCCGGAAUUCCUAUCAUAAUAUCUGAUGGCUGGAACCUAGGCAAAGCGGUAGAUUGGUCUUUGCAGAAGAACUCCAUAUACUCGCAUCCGCAAUGCCCAGUGGUGGUUGACACGCACUAUUAUUGGGCUUUUACAGACCAAGACAAAGCGAAGACACCACAGCAGAUCAUCGGGGAAGCCGGCACCAAGCUAGAACAGUUGGAUGGUAAAGAAGGCUCUGUGCAUGAUCGUGGUGCAGUACAGGUUAUUGUUGGCGAAUACUCCUGCGUUAUGACUGAAGACUCUUGGGCCAAGGGCGGCGGAGUCCCCAAGGAGGAGCUCGUACGACAAUUUGGUCAAGCGCAGAGCAGAAGGUACCAAGAGAAAGCUGGCGGCAGUUUCUUUUGGACCUGGAAAAUGGAUUGGAUGCCUGGCGGCGAGUGGGGGUUUAAAGCUAAAACAGAAGAUGGGAGUAUUGUGCCACCCCAGUACACAAAAACGACCGCUGAUGACAGACUCCGGAUGACCGAAAAAGCUAGACACGAGAAGGACGGGCGUAUGCAUGAGGCGAUUCAACAGCACGUGUCCUAUUGGCGCGGCGUGGAUCCCAAUGGUCACUAUGAGCACGAAAAGUACGAAUACGGCUGGCGGGUUGGUUAUCAAGACGCUCUCGGCUUCUUUGAGGGCAGAGGAACACAAGGCGACAAAAUUGGCAUGUUCGAGAUAUGGAUCCUUAAGCGGAUUAGAGAAAGUGGGUAUAGAGGAGGCUUCACUUGGCUAUUUGAGCAAGGUCUGAGAAAAGGUGCACAAGACUGCUACUCUGCAGUGGGCGUUUAG